AUGGACGUAUCAUAUGGAAACGAACCCUCACUUGCGUAUGAAGAACCGCCGCCUUAUUCACCCGUACGCGGGAGUGGCGAUGGACUUCUGGGCGAGAAGAAGGAAGAUGGGAUCGUGGUGCGGAUUGCAAGGACCUGGACGAGAACAGCAACAACACACGUAGCGCCCAAGAAGAUUGCGCGCACUACCUCAGAUUUCCUUCAACAACGUACAUGGCCGGCCAUUAGAGAUACAACGACGACGCACGUAACGCCAGUUAUUUCCUCUUCCUCACGAACCACCUGGAACUUUGUGCAGGACCGCAUGUGGUCGCGCAUCAGAGAAUACCCGCUCAAAGCAACCCAAGGUUGGGCAGUGCUAUUGCUCGGCUUAGGGAUUAUCCCGUUCGUAGUCUACGGGGCACUGAAUCGCGGCUGGUACGGAACGUUUUACUAUGGUGCUUUUGCCGCAAAAACUCUGGGAUGUGGUGACGCGCUGGGUGUACCACAGAACGCCACCGUGGAGGGAGUCGAGGCAUUGUUCGUCCUGGACUGGAAAUUCGGUCAAUUCACCUUCGCCCGCGUCAAGACAAUUGAUGUGGCAUGGGACAUUCUUGUUGGUCGUGGCGUUCAGAUGAUCUUCUGGGCCAUAUCGUACCGAGUUUUCUCAGACGCGUUGCUCCGCCUGAUUGAGCGACAUCCCGCAUCCUUUGAGACAUUCAAGAGUAUCAGCCUUGAAGGUCCCGGUCUUGGCUCUUCUUGGAUUCUACUCAAGCAGCUGUUUCGCAACCGGAGUAGACGCACUUGGUUCUUGUUCUUCUAUCUCCUGCUAGCGUCAUUGUACGUUUUGAGCAUCCCUCCACUGCUCGGUGCCAUGACGGGUUAUGAUGGUACGACUAUUGCAUGGGUCAGCAUUGGCGAUGCUGAUAAUAUCAUUCCUUCUUCUCAGGUACAGUCGAGUUACGCUGUAUACGGCACGUGGAACCAAUCGUUUGACCAACCCCUAUGCGACAUAACGACCGGUGGGCUACGCGAUUGGGCCUAUCACAAGAUGGAUAUGGAGAAGUACUGCGACUGCAGACUACCCAACGGGACUAUUCUACCUUUCAGCGAGUUUCAGUACAAAUACAACUCCUUCUCUUAUGACGGCACGCCGACUGAGGAUCCCUACAAGCUCGACGAUUGCAACUUCCGAUACGACGGCCAAAGCGGCGUCUACCAGUCUACUUGGGGCCGGGAUUCGUUCUAUGGGCCCGCAAAAGACUGGGGUACAUACAAAUGCAACGACUCGUUUCCCGUUACCCUCCCCAAUGGCAACACUUACUCCAUGUAUGAUCUCAACUUCACUACUGCCGGCUACUGCUUCCAGAACAAAACCUACGAGUACUUGGAUCUGGUAGACUCUACGCGCUGUCUGCCUGAUACGGCGCAUCCGAGCUACCAGUGGGGGUUCUCCUCCGCAAUGAUGGGCGUCCUUUUUAUCAUCAACCUUGUGUGGUGUCUGACGAUGUGGGUUGUGUGGCAGGAUGCGCUGAGGGCGAGGCUGGUAAAGAAUGGGUACCGCAUGUCGCCAUUGAGAGCGGCUUUUGUUUUGACAGAGGCGGCGCGACGAAGGACAGGCGUUGGUGUUGGGGGCUUGGUGCUGCGGGAGAAAACAAUGUUGAAGAGGGAAUUGAGGCGGCGCAAUGGGAGAAAAGAAGCGCUUGUUCACAAAGACAUCUUUGAAGAGGGUAGCGGAGAGGGCGACACAGAGUCCGGGAAGGGGGAUGUGUUUAGGAUCAGGAGGCGGCCUGUCGCGGGUGAACACAUAGACGAUUUGGAUGUGUAA